GCCCCGACCGGGGCUCGCCGCCGCCAGCAGCCGCAGCACCGCGACCUCGCGCCCCGCGCCGGCUAUGGCUGUGCCCUGGGGCUGAGCGCACAGGCUGUGUGACCGAGACUCCCGAAGACAAGAGUGACUGAGAGGAAGAGGAGGAGGGGCGGGCUCCCGGCAAGGCAUUCGCUCCUGAGCAGAGUCCUGCAAAGAUGGAGAAGGAGGAGGAGACAACCCGGGAGCUGCUGCUGCCCAACUGGCAGGGCAGCGGCUCCCACGGGCUGACCAUCGCCCAGAGGGACGACGGCGUCUUUGUGCAGGAAGUGAUGCAGAACUCCCCUGCGGCCCGCACUGGGGUGGUCAAGGAGGGGGACCAGAUUGUGGGGGCCACCAUCUACUUUGACAACCUGCAGUCGGGUGAGGUCACCCAGCUGCUGAACACCAUGGGGCACCACACUGUUGGCUUGAAGCUGCACCGCAAGGGGGAUCGCUCCCCUGAGCCUGGCCAGACCUGGACGCACGAAGUUUUCAGCUCCCGCAGCUCCGAGGUGGUUCUGAGCGGGGAUGAUGAAGAGUACCAGCGCAUCUACACCACCAAGAUCAAGCCUCGGCUCAAGUCGGAGGAUGGCGUGGAAGGGGACCUGGGAGAGACCCAGAGCCGUACCAUCACAGUGACCAGAAGGGUCACGGCCUACACUGUGGAUGUGACCAGCCGCGAAGGAGCCAAGGACCUCGACAUCAGCAGCCCUGAAUUCAUGGUCAAGAUUCCGAGGCAUGAACUGACUGAAAUCUCCAAUGUGGACGUGGAGACCCAGCCAGGGAAGACAGUGAUCAGACUGCCCUCGGGCUCAGGGGCCGUCUCUCCAACCGCAGGCUCUGCUGUGGACAUCCGAGCAGGUUCUGUGUGCACUUCAGGACCAGAGCACUCGAAGCUCCAGGUCACCGUGCCUGGGAUAAAGGUGGGGAGUCCGGGUGUCAGUGUUAGCGCGAAGGGCUUAGACUUGGGUGGCAAAGGAGGGGUCCAAGUUCCAGGUGUGGACGUUUCGUCUUCUGUUGGGGGUGGGGCAGUAGAGGUGCAGGGCCCUUCCCUCGAGAGCAGUGACGGUGGGAAAAUUAAAAUCCCCACCAUGAAGGUGCCAAAAUUUGCUGUCUCGACAGGGCCUGAGGGCCAUGCACCAGAGGCAGGGCUGAGUGUCUCUGCCCCUGAAUUCUCUGUGGGGCACAAGGGCGGCAGACUAGGCUCGACCAUUGGCGGGAACAUCCAGACCCCGCAGCUAGAAGUCAGUGCCAAUAUUGAGGGGCUAGAGGGGAAACUGGAGGCCCCCCAGAUCACUGGGCCGUCCCUUGAGGGUGACACAAGCCUGAAAGGUGCCAAGCCACAGGGGAGCAUAAGGGUGGAUGCCUCUGCUCCCCAGAUCGAAGGCUAUCUUUCUGGCCCCAGUGUGGGAGUUCCAGUCCCUGACCUUGAUGUUCAUGGGCCUGGGGGCAAACUAAAUGUGCCCAAGAUGAAAGUCCCCAAGUUCUCUGCAUCGGGCUCAAUGGGAGAGGGAGCUGGCAUGGAUGUGACAAUGCCCACAGGUGAGAUGACUCUCCCUGGGGUCUCUGGCGAGGUCAGCCUGCCCGAGAUUGCUACUGGUGGUCUAGAAGGGAAAGUGAAAGGUGCCAAAGUCAAGACUCCUGAACUGAUUGUUCAGAAGCCAAAAAUCUCUAUGCAGGAUGUGGAUCUGAACCUUGGGUCCCCUAAAGCGAAAGGAGACGUGAAGGUGUGUGCUCCUGGAGUGCAAGGCGAUGUGAAAGGCCCUCAGGUGGCUGUUAAAGGCUCCAAAAUGGACAUAGAGAUGCCAAACCUAGAGGGGACCUGGACAGGCCCCAAGCUUGGCAGUCCUUCUGGGAAAACAGGAAGCUAUGGGAUCUCUAUGGCAGAUGUAGACCUAAAUGUGGCUGCACCUAAAAUAAAAGGGGGUGUAGAUGUCACGCUCCCCAAAGUGGAAGGGAAAGUCAAAGGCCCUGGUGUUGACAUCAAAGGCCCCAGAGUAGAUAUCAGUGACCCAGAUGCAGAAGGUCACGGGCCAGAAUGGAACCUGAAAAUGCCCAAGUUCAGCACUCCAGGGGUCAAAGGGGAAAGCCCAGCUGUACAUGUGGCUCUACCCAAGGGAGAUGUCAGUGUUUCAGGGCCCAAGGUCAGUGUGGAAGCCCCAGAUGUCAAUGUGGAGGGUCUGGGGGGCCAACUUAAAGGCCCUGAUAUUCAGCUGCCUGCAGUGAGCAUCAAGUCACCAAAGAUCUCCGUGCCUGAUGUAGAUUUGCAUGCUAAAGGACCAGAGGUUAAGGGGGAGUGGGAUGUAACAGUUCCAAAGCUUGAAGGGGAGCUAAAAGGCCCCAAAGUGGACAUUGCUGCCCCAGAUGUGGAUGUUCAUGGCCCGGACUGGCAUCUGAAGAUGCCCAAGAUGAAGAUGCCCAAAUUCAGUGUGCCAGGGUUCAAAGCAGAGGGCCCAGAGGUGGAUGUGAACCUGCCCAAGGCCGAUGUCAACAUUUCUGCGCCCAAGGUAGAUGUGCAUGCUCCGGACAUGAGCAUUGAGGGACCAGAAGGGAAGUUGAAAGGGCCCAAGUUUAAGAUGCCUGACAUGAAUAUCAAAGCCCCAAAGAUCUCUGUGCCAGAUGUGGACUUACAUCUGAAAGGCCCUCACGUCAAGGGAGAAUAUGAUGUCACGACGCCAAAGGUUCAAAGUGAGAUUAAAGUUCCUGAUGUUGAACUUAAAAGUGCCAGAGUGGACAUUGAGGCUCCAGAUGUAGAUGUCCAAGGCCCAGACUGGCACCUGAAGAUGCCCAAGAUGAAAACGCCCAAGUUCAGCACGCCUGAUGUGGAUGUGAAUCUGCCCAAGGCCGACAUGGACGUCUCAGGACCCAGGGUAGAUGUUGAAAUUCCAGAUGUGAAUGUUGAAGGACCUGAAGGAAAGCUUAAGGGCCCCAAGUUUAAGAUGCCUGAGAUGAAUAUCAAGGCCCCUAAAAUCUCCAUGCCUGAUGUGGAUUUGCAUAUGAAAGGUCCCAAGGUAAAGGGUGAAUACGAUGUGACGGUGCCAAAGGUGGAAGGGGACCUGAAAGGCCCAAAAGUAGACGUCAGUGCCCCAGAUGUUGAAGUUCAUGGGCCUGAUUGGAAUCUGAAAAUGCCAAAAAUUAAAAUGCCCAAAUUUAGCAUGCCUAGCCUCAAAGGAGAGGGCCCAGAAUUGGAUGUGAACCUGCCCAAAGCUGAUGUGGACAUUUCUGCACCAAAGGUAGAUCUUAGUGCUCCUGAUCUGAGUCUUGAAGGACCAGAAGGGAAGCUGAAGGGCCCCAAGUUUAAGAUGCCUGAGAUGCACUUCAAGGCCCCCAAGAUCUCCAUGCCUGAUGUUGACAUGGAUCUUAAAGGACCCAAAAUGAAAGGAAGUCUUGAUGUGUCUGCACCAAAAGUAGAAGCUGAGAUGAAAGUUCCAGAUGUGGACAUCAGAGGUCCUAAGGUGGACAUUAAAGCCCCACAUAUGGAAGGUCAGGGUCCAGACUGGAGCCUAAAGAUGCCCAAGAUGAAAAUGCCCAAGUUCACCAUGCCCAGCCUCAAAGCAGAGGGCCCAGAAGUGGAUGUGAACUUGCCCAAGGCCGACAUUGAUGUGUCUGCACCCAAAGUGGACAUAGAAGCCCCAGAUGUGAGUUUGGAGGGUCCAGAAGGGAAGCUGAAGGGCCCCAAAUUCAAGAUGCCUGAAAUGCACUUCAAGGCCCCCAAGGUCUCCAUGCCUGAUGUGGACUUAAACUUGAAAGGCCCCAAAGUCAAAGGGGAUAUGGAAGUGUCUGUGCCCAAGGUCGAAGGGGAAAUGAAAGUGCCAGAUGUUGACAUCAAAGCACCCAAGGUGAGCAUUGAUGCCCCAGAUGUGGAUGUUCAGGGGCCAGACUGGCACCUGAAGAUGCCCAAGAUGAAAAUGCCCAAGUUCAGCAUGCCUGGGUUCAAGGCAGAGGGCCCAGAAGUGGACGUGAACCUGCCCAAGGCUGACAUUGAUGUGUCUGCACCCAAGGUUGACAUUGAAGGCCCUGAUGUGAGUUUGGAGGGUCCAGAAGGGAAGCUGAAGGGCCCCAAAUUUAAGAUGCCUGAGAUGCAUUUCAAGACUCCCAAGGUCUCCAUGCCUGAUGCUGACCUGAAUCUUAAGGGCCCCAAACUAAAGGGAGAUGUGGAUGUAUCUUUGCCUAAGGUAGAAAGUGAAAUAAAAGUGCCAGAUAUAGAUAUUAAAGGGCCCAAGGUUGAAGUUGGUGCCCCAGAUGUGGAUGCUCAUGGCCCAGACUGGCACCUGAAGAUGCCCAAGAUGAAAAUGCCCAAGUUCAGCAUGCCUGGGUUCAAGGCAGAGGGCCCAGAAGUGGAUGUGAACCUGCCCAAGGCUGACAUUGAUGUCUCAGGCCCCAAGGUGGAUGUGGAAGUUCCAGAUGUGAAUAUUGAAGGUCCAGAUGUGAAAGUUAAAGGUCCCAAAUUUAAGAUGCCAGAAAUGAAUAUAAAGCCUCAGAAGAUCUCCAUGCCAGAUGUUGGUUUGCAUUUGAAAGGUCCUAAAGUGAAAGGAGAUUAUGAUGUUGCAGUUCCAAAAGUAGAAGGAGAGAUAAAAGCUCCUGAUGUUGACAUCAAAGGUCCCAAAGUAGACAUGAAUGCACCAGAGGUUCAUGGCCCAGACUGGCACCUGAAGAUGCCGAAGGUGAAAAUGCCCAAGUUCAGCAUGCCUGGGUUCAAAGGGGAGAGCCCAGAAGUGGAUGUGAACCUGCCCAAGGCCGACAUUGACGUCUCUGGACCCAAGGUGGAUGUGGACAUUGAAGCUCCAGAGGGGAAAAUAAAGGGCCCCAAGUUCAGGAUGCCAAGCAUGAAUAUACAGACACACAAAAUCUCUAUGCCUGAUGUUGGGCUUAAUCUGAAAGCCCCUAAACUGAAAACUGGUGUAGAUGUUUCCCUUCCCAAAGUGGAAGGGGAAUUGAAAGGCCCUCAAAUUGAUGUGAAAGCACCCAAAAUGGAUGUGGAUGUUGGUGAUAUUGAUCUUGAAUGUCCUGAUGCAAAGCUGAAAGGCUCCAAAUUCAAGAUGCCUGAGAUGCAUUUCAAGACCCCCAAGAUCUCCAUGCCUGAUGUGGACUUAAACCUGAAAGGCCCCAAAGUCAAAGGGGAUAUGGAAGUGUCUGUGCCCAAGGUCGAAGGUGAAAUGAAAGUGCCAGAUGUUGACAUCAAAGCACCCAAAGUGGGCAUUGAUGUCCCAGAUGUGGAUGUUCAGGGGCCAGACUGGCACCUGAAGAUGCCCAAGAUGAAAAUGCCCAAGUUCAGCAUGCCUGGGUUCAAAGCAGAGGGCCCAGAAGUGGAUGUGAACCUGCCCAAGGCUGACAUUGAUGUGUCUGCACCCAAGGUUGACAUUGAAGGCCCUGAUGUGAGCAUUGAGGGUCCAGAAGGGAAGCUGAAGGGCCCCAAAUUUAAGAUGCCUGAGAUGCAUUUUAAGUCUCCCAAGAUCUCCAUGCCCGAUGUGGACUUAAACCUGAAAGGCCCCAAAGUCAAAGGGGAAAUGGAUGUGUCUGUGCCAAAACUUGAAGGAGAUUUGAAGGGCCCCAGUGUGGAUGUGACAAUGCCUGAUGUUGAUCUUGAAUGUCCUGAUGCAAAGCUGAAAGGCCCCAAAUUCAAGAUGCCUGAGAUGCAUUUUAAGUCUCCCAAGAUCUCCAUGCCCGAUGUGGACUUAAACCUGAAAGGCCCCAAAGUCAAAGGGAGUGUGGAUGUGUCUGUGCCAAAACUCGAAGGAGAUUUGAAAGGCCCCAGUGUGGAUGUGACGAUGCCUGAUGUUGAUCUUGAAUGUCCUGAUGCAAAGCUGAAAGGCCCCAAAUUCAAGAUGCCUGAGAUGCAUUUUAAGUCUCCCAAGAUCUCCAUGCCCGAUGUGGACUUAAACCUGAAAGGCCCCAAAGUCAAAGGGAGUGUGGAUGUGUCUGUGCCAAAACUCGAAGGAGAUUUGAAAGGCCCCAGUGUGGAUGUGACGAUGCCUGAUGUUGAUCUUGAAUGUCCUGAUGCAAAGCUGAAAGGCCCCAAAUUCAAGAUGCCUGAGAUGCAUUUCAAGACCCCCAAGAUCUCCAUGCCCGAUGUGGACUUAAACCUGAAAGGCCCCAAAGUCAAAGGGGAUAUGGAUGUGUCCAUGCCCAAGGUCGAAGGUGAAAUAAAAGUGCCAGAUGUUGACAUCAAAGCACCCAAAGUGGGCAUUGAUGUCCCAGAUGUGGAUGUUCAGGGGCCAGAUUGGCACCUGAAGAUGCCCAAGAUGAAAAUGCCCAAGUUCAGCAUGCCUGGGUUCAAAGCAGAGGGCCCAGAAGUGGACAUGAACCUGCCCAAGGCUGACAUUGAUGUGUCUGCACCCAAGGUUGACAUUGAAGCCCCAGAUGUGAGUUUGGAGGGUCCAGAAGGGAAGCUGAAGGGCCCCAAAUUUAAGAUGCCUGAGAUGCAUUUCAAGACCCCCAAGAUCUCCAUGCCUGAUGUGGACUUAAACCUGAAAGGCCCCAAAGUCAAAGGGAGUAUGGAUGUGUCUGUGCCAAAACUCGAAGGAGAUUUGAAAGGCCCCAGUGUGGAUGUGACGAUGCCUGAUGUUGAUCUUGAAUGUCCUGAUGCAAAGCUGAAAGGCCCCAAAUUCAAGAUGCCUGAGAUGCAUUUCAAGACCCCCAAGAUCUCCAUGCCUGAUGUGGACUUAAACUUGAAAGGCCCCAAAGUCAAAGGGGAUAUGGAUGUGUCCAUGCCCAAGGUCGAAGGUGAAAUGAAAGUGCCAGAUGUUGACAUCAAAGCACCCAAGGUGAGCAUUGAUGCCCCAGAUGUGGAUGUUCAGGGGCCAGACUGGCACCUGAAGAUGCCCAAGAUGAAAAUGCCCAAGUUCAGCAUGCCUGGGUUCAAAGCAGAGGGCCCAGAAGUGGACGUGAACCUGCCCAAGGCUGACAUUGAUGUGUCUGCACCCAAGGUUGACAUUGAAGGCCCUGAUGUGAGCAUUGAGGGUCCAGAAGGGAAGCUGAAGGGCCCUAAAUUCAAGAUGCCUGAAAUGCAUUUUCAUGCUCCCAAGAUCUCUAUGCCUGAUGUUGAUUUCAACUUAAAGGGGCCUAAAAUCAAAGGGGAUGUUGAUGUUUCUGCCCCAAAGUUGCAGGGUGAGUUAAAAGGUCCAGAGAUGGAUGUCAAGGGCCCAAAAUUGGAUGUUGAGAAGCCAGAAAUAUCUGUGGAAGGCCCAGAAGGCAAGUGGAAAAGUCCCAAGUUCAAGAUGCCAGACAUGCACUUUAAAGCUCCUAAAAUCUCAAUGCCAGACAUUGAUCUACACUUAAAGAGUCCCAAGAUAAAGGGAGAUGUAGAUGUAGAUGUUCCCAAGUUAGAAGCAGACCUCAAAAGUUCACAUGUGGACAUCAGUGGACCAGACAUUGACAUUGAAGGGCCAGAGGGAAAAUUGAAAGGUCCCAAAUUCAAGAUGCCAGAUAUGCAUUUCAAAGCUCCCAAUAUUUCUAUGCCUGAUGUUGAUCUAAGUCUGAAAGGACCAAAAAUCAAAGGGGAUGUGGAUGUGUCUGUGCCUGAGGUAGAAAGUAAAAUUAAAGUACCAGAUGUGGACAUCAAGGGCCCCAAAGUUGAUGUAAAAGCCCCUGAUGUUCAUGGCCCAGAUUGGCACCUGAAGAUGCCUAAGGUGAAAAUGCCCAAGUUCAGCAUGCCUGGGUUCAAAGCAGAGGGCCCAGAAGUGGACGUGAACCUGCCCAAGGCCGACAUUGACGUCUCUGGACCCAAGGUGGACAUUGAAGGCCCUGAUGUGAGCAUUGAAGGGCCAGAAGGAAAGCUGAAAGGUCCCAAGUUCAAGAUGCCCGAGAUGAACAUCAAAGCCCCCAAGAUCUCCAUGCCUGACUUUGACUUAAAUCUGAAAGGCCCCAAAGUGAAGGGGGAUGUGGAUGUGUCUCUUCCCAAAGUGGAAGGUGAGAUUAAGGCUCCUGAAGUUGAUCUCAAAGGCCCCAAAGUGGACAUUGAUGCCCCAGAUGUGGAUGUUCAUGGCCCAGACUGGCACCUGAAGAUGCCGAAGGUGAAAAUGCCCAAGUUCAGCAUGCCUGGGUUCAAGGCAGAGGGCCCAGAAGUGGAUGUGAACCUGCCCAAAGCUGACAUUGAUGUCUCUGUACCCAAGGUGGACAUUGAAGGCCCUGAUGUGAGCAUUGAAGGGCCAGAAGGAAAGCUGAAAGGUCCCAAGUUCAAGAUGCCUGAGAUGAACAUCAAAGCCCCCAAGAUCUCCAUGCCUGAUGUUGACUUAAAUCUGAAAGGCCCCAAGGUGAAGGGGGAUGUGGAUGUGUCUCUGCCCAAAGUGGAAGGUGAGAUUAAAGCUCCUGAAGUUGAUCUCAAAGGCCCCAAAGUGGACAUUGAUGCCCCAGAUGUGGAUGUUCAUGGCCCAGACUGGCACCUGAAGAUGCCCAAGAUAAAAAUGCCCAAGUUCAGCAUGCCUGGGUUCAAGGCAGAGGGCCCAGAAGUGGACGUGAACCUGCCCAAGGCUGACAUUGACGUCUCUGUACCCAAGGUGGACAUUGAAGGCCCUGAUGUGAGCAUUGAAGGGCCAGAAGGAAAGCUGAAAGGUCCCAAGUUCAAGAUGCCUGAGAUGAACAUCAAAGCCCCCAAGAUCUCCAUGCCUGACUUUGACUUAAAUCUGAAAGGUCCCAAAGUGAAGGGGGAUGUGGAUGUGUCUCUUCCCAAAGUGGAAGGUGAGAUUAAGGCUCCUGAAGUUGAUCUCAAAGGCCCCAAAGUGGACAUUGAUGCCCCAGAUGUGGAUGUUCAUGGCCCAGACUGGCACCUGAAGAUGCCGAAGGUGAAAAUGCCCAAGUUCAGCAUGCCUGGGUUCAAGGCAGAGGGCCCAGAAGUGGAUGUGAACCUGCCCAAAGCUGACAUUGAUGUCUCUGUACCCAAGGUGGACAUUGAAGGCCCUGAUGUGAGCAUUGAAGGGCCAGAAGGAAAGCCGAAAGGUCCCAAGUUCAAGAUGCCUGAGAUGAACAUCAAAGCCCCCAAGAUCUCCAUGCCUGAUGUUGACUUAAAUCUGAAAGGUCCCAAAGUGAAGGGGGAUGUGGAUGUGUCUCUUCCCAAAGUAGAAGGUGAGAUUAAGGCUCCCGAAGUUGAUCUCAAAGGCCCCAAAGUGGACAUUGAUGCCCCAGAUGUGGAUGUUCAUGGUCCAGAUUGGCACCUAAAGAUGCCUAAGGUGAAAAUGCCCAAGUUCAGCAUGCCUGGGUUCAAGGCAGAGGGCCCAGAAGUGGACGUGAACCUGCCCAAAGCUGACAUUGACGUCUCUGUACCUAAAGUGGACAUUGAUGUUCCAGAUGUGAAUAUCGAAGGUCCUGAUGCGAAAAUGAAGGGCCCCAAGUUCAAGAUGCCUGAGAUGAACAUCAAGACUCCAAAGAUUUCAAUGCCAGAUUUGGAUAUUAAUCUCAAAGCCCCUAAAAUGAAAGGGGAGGUAGAUGUUUCGCCUCCAAGUAUAGAAGCUGACUUAAAAGGAGCUACAGUUGACAUUAAGGGCCCAAAGAUAGAUGUAGAUGCUCCAGAUAUUGAUGUUCAUGGCCCAGAGGGCAAGUUAAAAGGUCCAAAACUCAAAAUGCCUGAAAUGCAUGUAAACAUGCCCAAGAUCUCCAUGCCAGAAAUUGACUUGAAUUUGAAAGGCUCAAAACUGAAGGGAGAUGUUGAUAUUGCUGGUCCAAAAUUGGAAGGUGACAUCAAAGCUCCAAAAUUGGAUGUAAAGGGUCCAGAGGUGGACAUUUCUGGCCCCAAGAUGAAUAUUGAAGGCAAGUCAAAGAAAUCACGUUUUAAGCUUCCCAAAUUUAAUUUUUCAGGCUCCAAAGUUCAGACACCUGAAAUGGAUGUCAAAGUUAAAAAGCCAGACAUUGAUGUAACAGGUCCAAAAGUUGAUCUUAAUGCUCCUGAUGUUGAGGUCCAAGGAAAAGUGAAAGGAUCCAAGUUUAAAAUGCCUUUCCUGAGUAUUUCAUCUCCCAAAGUUUCUAUGCCUGAUGUGGAGCUAAAUUUGAAAGGUCCUAAAGUCAAAGGAGAUUUCGAUGUUGCAGGUCCUAAUUUAGAAGGUGAUUUUAAAGGUCCCAAAGUGGACAUUAAGGCACCAGAAGUCCAUCUUAAUGCACCUGAUGUAGAUGUUCAUGGUCCAGACUGGAAUGUGAAAAUGCCCAAGAUGAAGAUGCCAAAGUUCAGUGUGCCUGGUGUAAAAGCUGAAGGGCCAGAAGUAGCUGUGGAUCUACCCAAAGGAGACAUCAACAUAGAAGGUCCCAGUGUGAACAUGGAGGGCCCAGAAGUCAAUGUGGAAGGUCCGGAGGGAGGCCUAAAAGGUCCUAAAUUCAAGGUACCUGACAUGAAUAUCAAAGCUCCUAAGAUCUCAAUGCCUGACAUUAACUUAAACCUUAAGAGUCCCAAGGUGAAAGGUGAUGUAGAUGUUUCCCUUCCUAAACUUGAAGGGGAUCUCAAAGGACCAGAGCUUGAUGUCAAAGGCCCAAAAGUGGACAUUGAUGCCCCAGAUAUGGAGGUUCAUGGACCAGACUGGCACUUGAAGAUGCCCAAGGUGAAAAUGCCCAAGUUCAGCAUGCCUGGGUUCAAAGCAGAGGGCCCAGAAGUGGAUGUGAACCUGCCCAAAGCUGACAUUGAUGUCUCUGCACCCAAGGUGGACAUUGAUGUUCCAGAUGUGAAUAUCGAAGGUCCUGAUGCGAAAGUGAAGGGCCCCAAGUUCAAGAUGCCUGAGAUGAACAUCAAAGCUCCUAAGAUUUCCAUGCCUGACUUUGACCUGAACUUGAAGGGUCCAAAAAUGAAGGGUGAUGUGGAUGUGUCCUUGCCAAAAGUGGAAGGUGAUCUAAAGGGUCCUGAGGUAGACAUUAAGGGCCCCAAAGUAGACAUUGAGACUCCUGACAUUAACAUUGAAGGUCCAGAGGGAAAAUUGAAAGGGCCCAAAUUUAAGAUGCCAGAGAUGCACCUAAAGGCUCCCAAGAUCUCCAUGCCUGAUGUUGAUCUUAACCUAAAAGGCCCCAAAGUGAAGGGGGACGUGGAUGUAUCUCUGCCCAAAGUGGAGGGUGACCUCACAGGCCCAGAAGUUGACAUCAAGGGCCCAAAAAUGGAAAUUGACGCCCCAGAUGUAGAUGUUCAUGGCCCAGACUGGCACCUGAAGAUGCCCAAGAUAAAAAUGCCCAAGUUCAGCAUGCCUGGGUUCAAAGCAGAGGGCCCAGAAGUGGAUGUGAACCUGCCCAAAGCUGACAUUGAUGUCUCUGGACCCAAGGUGGACAUUGAAGGCCCUGAUGUGAGCAUUGAAGGGCCAGAAGGAAAGCUGAAAGGUCCCAAGUUCAAGAUGCCUGAGAUGAACAUCAAAGCCCCCAAGAUCUCCAUGCCUGACUUUGACUUAAAUCUGAAAGGUCCCAAAGUGAAGGGGGAUGUAGAUGUGUCUCUUCCCAAAGUGGAAGGUGAGAUUAAAGCUCCUGAAGUUGAUCUCAAAGGCCCCAAAGUGGACAUUGAUGCCCCAGAUGUGGAUGUUCAUGGCCCAGAUUGGCACCUGAAGAUGCCGAAGGUGAAAAUGCCCAAGUUCAGCAUGCCUGGGUUCAAGGCAGAGGGCCCAGAAGUGGAUGUGAACCUGCCCAAGGCUGACAUUGAUGUCUCUGGACCAAAGGUGGACAUUGAAACUCCUGACAUUGACAUUCAUGGUCCCGAAGGAAAGCUGAAGGGACCUAAGUUUAAAAUGCCUGAUCUACAUCUCAAGGCUCCCAAGAUCUCCAUGCCUGAUGUUGAUCUGAAUCUGAAGGGUCCCAAGGUGAAGGGGGAUGUGGAUGUGUCUCUGCCCAAAGUGGAGGGUGACCUCACAGGCCCAGAAGUUGACAUCAAGGGUCCCAAAGUGGACGUCAGUGCUCCAGAUGUGGAUGUUCAUGGCCCAGACUGGCACCUGAAGAUGCCGAAGGUGAAAAUGCCCAAGUUCAGCAUGCCUGGGUUCAAAGCAGAGGGCCCAGAAGUGGAUGUGAACUUGCCCAAAGCCGACAUUGACGUCUCUGUACCCAAGGUGGACAUUGAAGGCCCUGAUGUGAGCAUUGAAGGGCCAGAAGGAAAGCUGAAAGGUCCCAAGUUCAAGAUGCCUGAGAUGAACAUCAAAGCCCCCAAGAUCUCCAUGCCUGACUUUGACUUAAAUCUGAAAGGUCCCAAAGUGAAGGGGGAUGUGGAUGUGUCUCUGCCCAAAGUGGAAGGUGAGAUUAAGGCUCCUGAAGUUGAUCUCAAAGGCCCCAAAGUGGACAUUGAUGCCCCAGAUGUGGAUGUUCAUGGUCCAGACUGGCACCUGAAGAUGCCAAAGGUGAAAAUGCCCAAGUUCAGCAUGCCUGGGUUCAAGGCAGAGGGCCCAGAAGUGGACGUGAACCUGCCCAAGGCUGACAUUGAUGUCUCUGUACCCAAGGUGGACAUCGAAGGCCCUGAUGUGAGCAUUGAAGGGCCAGAAGGAAAGCUGAAGGGACCUAAGUUUAAAAUGCCUGAUCUACAUCUCAAGGCUCCUAAGAUCUCCAUGCCUGAUGUUGACUUAAAUCUGAAAGGUCCCAAAGUGAAGGGGGAUGUGGAUGUAUCUAUUCCCAAAGUGGAAGGUGGGAUUAAAGCUCCCGAAGUUGAUCUCAAAGGCCCCAAAGUGGACAUUGAUGCCCCAGAUGUAGAUGUUCAUGGCCCAGACUGGCACCUGAAGAUGCCCAAGAUAAAAAUGCCCAAGAUCAGCAUGCCUGGGUUCAAGGCAGAGGGCCCAGAAGUGGACGUGAACCUGCCCAAAGCCGACAUUGACGUCUCUGUACCCAAGGUGGACAUUGAAGGCCCUGAUGUGAGCAUUGAAGGGCCAGAAGGAAAGCUGAAAGGUCCCAAGUUCAAGAUGCCUGAGAUGAACAUCAAAGCCCCCAAGAUCUCCAUGCCUGACUUUGACUUAAAUCUGAAAGGUCCCAAAGUGAAGGGGGAUGUGGAUGUGUCUCUGCCCAAAGUGGAAGGUGACCUCAAGGGUCCUGAAAUUGACAUCAAAGGCCCAAAUGUGGACAUUGACACUCCUGAUGUCAGUAUUGAAGGCCCAGAAGGAAAACUGAAGGGGCCUAAGUUUAAGAUGCCUGAGAUGCACAUCAAAGCUCCCAAGAUUUCUAUGCCUGACUUUGACUUAAAUCUUAAAGGGCCAAAGGUAAAGGGAGAUGUGGACCUUUCACUGCCCAAGGUAGAAGGUGAUUUGAAAGGGCCGGAGUUGGACAUUGAAGGUCCUGAAGGGAAACUGAAAGGUCCCAAAUUUAAGAUGCCUGAUGUUCAUUUUAAAACCCCACAAAUCUCCAUGGGUGACAUUGAUUUGAACUUGAAAGGACCUAAGGUGAAAGGAGAUUUUGAUGUUUCUACUCCCAAGCUGGAAGGAGAUAUUAAAGGCCCCAAAGUGGAUGUUAAAGUUCCUAAGCUGGACAUCGACACUCCUGAUGUUGACAUUCAUGGUCCCGAAGGAAAGCUGAAAGGACCUAAGUUUAAAAUGCCUGAUCUACAUCUCAAGGCUCCCAAGAUCUCCAUGCCUGAUGUUGAUCUGAAUCUGAAGGGUCCCAAGGUGAAGGGGGAUGUGGAUGUGUCUCUGCCCAAAGUGGAGGGUGACCUCACAGGCCCAGAAGUUGACAUCAAGGGUCCCAAAGUGGACGUCAGUGCUCCAGAUGUGGAUGUUCAUGGCCCAGACUGGCACCUGAAGAUGCCGAAGGUGAAAAUGCCCAAGUUCAGCAUGCCUGGGUUCAAAGCAGAGGGCCCAGAAGUGGAUGUGAACUUGCCCAAAGCCGACAUUGACGUCUCUGUACCCAAGGUGGACAUUGAAGGCCCUGAUGUGAGCAUUGAAGGGCCAGAAGGAAAGCUGAAAGGUCCCAAGUUCAAGAUGCCUGAGAUGAACAUCAAAGCCCCCAAGAUCUCCAUGCCUGACUUUGACUUAAAUCUGAAAGGUCCCAAAGUGAAGGGGGAUGUGGAUGUGUCUCUGCCCAAAGUGGAAGGUGAGAUUAAGGCUCCUGAAGUUGAUCUCAAAGGCCCCAAAGUGGACAUUGAUGCCCCAGAUGUGGAUGUUCAUGGCCCAGACUGGCACCUGAAGAUGCCGAAGGUGAAAAUGCCCAAGUUCAGCAUGCCUGGGUUCAAGGCAGAGGGCCCAGAAGUGGAUGUGAACCUUCCCAAAGCCGACAUUGACGUCUCUGUACCCAAGGUGGACAUCGAAGGCCCUGAUGUGAGCAUUGAAGGGCCAGAAGGAAAGCUGAAAGGUCCCAAGUUCAAGAUGCCUGAGAUAAACAUCAAAGCUCCUAAGAUCUCCAUGCCUGAUGUUGAUCUGGAUUUGAAAGGACCCAAAGCCAGAGGAGAUUUUGAUUUGUCUGUUCCUAAGACUGACGGUGUCUUCAAGAGCCCAGAUGUAGACUUGAAAGGUGUACGUCUGGAUCUUGAGGGCCCUGAUGGCAAAGUCAGUGGCCCAGAUUUGAAGAUGCCAUCUCUGGAGAUAUCUGCUCCUAAAUUGACUGCUCCUGAUGUAGAUCUGCAUCUAAAGGCACCAAAAAUCGGGGUUUCUGGUCCUAAAUUGGAAGGUGGUGAAGUGGACCUCAAGGGCCCUAAAGUUGAUUUAGAAGCUCCAAGCUUGGAUGUACAUAUGGAGAGCCCAGAUAUUAACAUUGAGGGGCCAGAUAUUAAAAUUCCCAAAUUCAAGAAGCCCAAGUUUGGAUUUGGAGCAAAAAGCCCCAAAGCUGAUGUCAAGGCGCCUUCCCUGGAGGUGACUGUUCCCGAAGCCGAGCUGAAUGUUGAGACUCCUGAGGUUAGCGUUGGUGGCAAGGGCAAGAAGAGUAAGUUUAAAAUGCCUAAAAUUCACAUGAGUGGUCCUAAAAUGAAAGCCAAAAAACAGGGUUUUGAUUUGAAUGUUCCUGGGGGUGAAAUUGAUGCCAGUCUCAAGGCUCCUGAUGUAGAUGUUGGUGUCACGGGGCCGGACGCCGCGCUCAAAGUUGAUGUGAAAUCUCCUAAGACCAAGAAACCUAUGUUUGGAAAAAUGUACUUCCCAGAUGUAGAGUUUGACAUUAAGUCAUCUAAAUUUAAAGCUGAGGUCCCCAAAAUGGAGGGUGAAAUCCAGGCGCCAGAUGUGGAUAUUUCUUCGCCAGGGAUUGAUGUGGAAGGACCUGACAUCAAAGUGAAGGCUCCCAAGUUCAAGGUGCCAGGUGUGGAUGUCUCAGGGCCAAAGAUAGAGGGCGACUUGAAAGGCCCCAGUGUGCAGGCAAACUUGGAUGCACCUGACAUCAACAUCAAGGGCCCAGAUGCUAAAGUGAAAGCACCAUCUUUUGGCAUUUCUGCUCCUCAUGUCUCCAUGCCCGACGUGGACAUUAACCUCAAAGGACCAAAGAUAAAGGGUGAUGUCCCUGCUGUGGGACUGGAAGGACCAGAUGUCGAUCUGCAAGGUCCAGAAGCAAAAAUCAAAUUCCCCAAGUUUUCAAUGCCUAAGAUCGGUGUCCCUGGUGUGAAAAUGGAGGGUGGUGGAGCUGGGGUCCAUGCCCAGCUGCCCUCUCUCGAAGGAGGCUUGAGUGCACCGGAUGUUAAGCUUGAAGGACCUGAUGUAUCUCUAAAGGGGCCAGGAGUAGACUUGCCUUCAGUGAACCUCUCUAUGCCCAAAGUCUCUGGGCCUGACCUUGACCUGAACUUGAAAGGACCAAGUUUGAAGGGAGACAUGGAUGCCUCUAUUCCUGGCAUGAAGGUGCAUGCCCCAGGGCUUGACCUCAAAGGUGUUGGUGGAAAGGUGGAGAUGGGAGGAGACGGCUUAAAAAUGCCGGGGAUCGACGUCACAACAGCACUUAAUGUUGGGGCACCAGAUGUGACACUGAAGGGACCAAGCCUGCAGGGAGACCUGGCUGUCUCUGGUGAUAUAAAGUGCCCUAAAGUAUCCUUGGGUGCUCCCGAUCUAAGCUUGGAGGCAUCUGAAGAUGGCCUUAAACUUCCCCAAAUGAAGCUGCCCCAGUUUGGCAUCUCCACUCCGGGGUCUGACUUGGAUGUUCACAUCAAGGGCCCACAAGCUGCUGGAGAACUAAAGGGGCCGGGCAUGGAUGUGAACCUGAGAGGACCUCAGAUCUCAGCACCGGAUGUGGACUUCAACUUGGAAGGACCAAACGUGAAAGGGAGCCUUGGGGCCAUUGGUGAGGUGAAAGGCCCCACCGUUGACUUCCAGAUGCCUGGAAUUAAAUCCCCUGGCUGUGAUGUGGACCUGCCGGGUGUGAACGUGAAACUUCCAACUGGACAGAUUUCUGGUCCUGAAAUCAAAGGUGAUCUGAAAGGUGCAGGAAUGGGUUUCCACGGGGCUGCCCCCGACAUCAGCGUGAAGGGGCCUUCCCUUAACAUGGCCUCUCCUGAGGCAGAUUUUGGUGUCAGCUUGAAGGGCCCAAAAAUCAAAGGGGGUGUGGAUGUUUCAGGGGGUGUCAGUGCCCCAGAUGUCAGCCUGGGCGAAGGCCAUGUGAGUGUCAAGGGCCCUGGGGGUGAGUUGAAGGGACCCCAGGUCUCCUCUGCUCUCAACUUGGAUGCAUCCAAGCUUGCUGGGGGCCUUCAUUUCUCAGGACCAAAGGUUGAAGGUGUGAAAGGUCAGAUUGGACUCCAGGGUCCUGGGAUGAGUGUGUCUGGGCCUCAAGGUCACCUGGACAGUGGAUCUGGAAAAGUCACAUUCCCCAAGAUGAAGAUCCCCAAAUUUGCCUUCUCUGGCCGCGAGCUGGUUGGCAGAGAGGUGGGAGUGGAUAUCAACUUCCCUAAAGAAGAGGCCAGCGUUCAGGCCAGUGUGGGAGAAGGAGAGUGGGAAGAAUCCGAAGUAAAGCUUAAAAAAUCCAAGAUCAAAAUGCCCAAGUUCAACUUUUCCAAACCUAAAGGGAAAGGCGGUGUCGCUGGCUCUCCAGAAGCGUCCAUUUCCGGGUCCAAGGGUGACCUGAAGAGCUCCAAGGUCAGCCUGGGCUCUCUGGAGGGAGAGGUGGAGGCUGAGUCGUCUUCACCCAAAGGCAAAUUCUCCCUGUUUAAAAGCAAGAAGCCACGGCACCGAUCGAAUUCCUUCAGCGAUGAAAGGGAGUUCUCUGCCCCUUCCACUCCGACGGGGACUUUGGAAUUUGAAGGUGGGGAAAUGUCUCUGGAAGGUGGGAAAGCUAAGGGGAAACACGGGAAGCUGAAGUUCGGUACCUUUGGUGGAUUGGGGUCAAAGAGUAAAGGUCAUUAUGAGGUGACUGGAAGCGAUGACGAGGCAGGCAAGUUACAGGGGAGCGGCGUGUCCUUGGCCUCCAGUGACAGUGGGACUAAGGUUGGCAUCCAGCUUCCCGAAGUGGAGGUGGCAGUUUCCACAAAGAAAGAGUAGCAGGCCUCUGUAUGUGUGUACAUAUAUAUAUAUAUAAAAACCACAUCCGCCUUGGUGUGUUUGUAUAUAAACUCCAAGGAGAAACACACCGACAGCCUCAGCAAUAAUGCAGAGAGCGUGCAGAACCACCGCCUUUAGGCUCCUGUCGCUCUGCAGGUGGGUGCAGUCCUGCGUUCUUCCAGCCCAUGUGCAAAGUCAACAGUAUUCGCCUUCAGAUUUCAGUUGUUUUUGCAUUGAAUGCUGAGAGCUCCUGUUUCCCAAGCCAGCUUUUGUGUUUAUUAUCCUCAUUUUUACUGAACAUUGUUAGUGUUGGGGUAGUGGCAACCGACUUCUUCAUUGUCAUGACUUUUUUGGGGCUUUUGUUAGGGAGGGAGGGUGGGCUAGAAGGCGGCAGAGGGGGCCGGGUCUCUGUUUGUCCCAGGAUUGCAGCAAGCACCCGGAGGUGGCCUCAGGGAGUGGGCAGCCCAGGGUGUGAGCGUUCUUAGACUGGCAGCGUAGCUUUCUCCCCUCUGGGCUAGCGGUUCCAGCCAGGGUGGUGCUCAUGGUGAGAGGGAAUUAGAAACUGUUUGCAGAUUGUCCAACCCACUAGGUCAACAUGAGGGGCUUCCAGACUGUGUUUUGUAAGAGAAAUGUUUUACUCAUGACUGCCAUGUUCCAGCUUAGUUGAUUUCUUUUAAUGAAUACGCUCAUGAUUACGAGAUUUUCUGGCACUUUAAUGGCAAAUGAAUUGAGAAUGUAAAAAAAAUUGAUGCUGUCCAAGGCAAAUAAAGCUGUUUAUUAACCUCCA